GGCCAUGAAUUGGGCAGUGCAAGCUUAAAUAAGAAAGAUAAUAAUCUAAGCUUAUAGAGAUUACUAGUCAGGUGUUCUCUUCGUCGUCGUCGUCCAUUAUUCAUCCAGGAAGACCACUCGCGCGCCAAGGCGCAAAGCACGAGCCGUGCGCCCAUCCCGCCGGCGGAAGCGACGAAUUGGGCGCGUGCCGGCGGAAAGCUGGUCGGUCGUUCGGCACGUGAAUCGAGCUUUCGUCUUGCCUGUAGGUGUCCCGACCCGACGACUCCGGUCGCCGCGAGACCGGCCCCUCGGGCAAUCAAAAAAACCAGACGACGAGGAAGUAGUCAUCGUCGCGUCGAGUGUUCGUGCCGAGCAGUCGCAACAGCCGGGGCCUUUCGGUCGACACCGACUUCGCUGGGCAAACCCCGCGAAAAGGGAUGCUUCGGCGGAACCUUCGGCCGGCGGGGCGCCGGUAGUGCGUCUUUCCCCGCCCUGCAAGCCGCGUGCGAGAGUGUGCAGCCUGUAGCCGGCGGUGGCAGUAGGUCGUCGUGCUUCCCGGCCGCUCAUCGGGCUCCCCUUCUUCUCCGCCGGCGGCCAGUUGCGGCGGAAAGGCUGCCGUCGGAUUUAUUUUGUUGCGUUGCGCGUGGAGAGGGGGUGGACGCAUUCGGCGCGCUUCGCUCGGGGCCUCGGCGGCAGACUUUGAGUGACUUGGAGUGGAGCGUGAGUGAGCGAGGCGGGCAGGAGGGCAGAGCGGCGCAAGCCGCGAAAUACGAAGAUGUCGCUGAGCAAGUUCCUGUGCGCGUCGGUGCCGUACAACUGCUACGAGAUCGGGCACACGUGGACGCCGCACUGCAGCCAGGCCUGCUUCGACGUCUGGUACAACACCUUCACCCGAGCGGUCAAGCUGUACGGAGUCCUCUAUCUGGUGGGACAGCUGGUGGGUCGUCGCCAUGGCGCACGCGCCUUCAUGCAGACUCUCCGGAGCACCUUCGACUCCUCCAUGUUCAUCAGCCAGAAUUUUUUCCUCUACCUGUCGCUGGUCUGCGUCUGCAGGCGGUUGACAGGCCGGCUGCAUCUUAUGCAGUCCACGCUGCUGUGUGGAUUUCUUUCUUCAGCCUGUGCCAUCACGAUCGAGCGACCGGCAAGGAGGUCAGUUCUGGCGCUGUACAUGCUCAAUUUGGCUUCUGAAAUUGUUUACCGUAUGCUACGCAGCAGAGGAUUCGUCAGGGACGUACCCAACUUCGAGGUGGCGAUGUUCGCACUCAGCCUUGGAGGAUAUAUUUAUUAUGCAAGGAAGAAUGGUCAUUUCAAUGAUAUCGUGCCACUUGUUUUGAGGCACCUGAUCGGAAAAGAGGAGCUCGUCGGCUACGCCCAACUAGAGGCGAAGCUGGCUCUCAAGGAAGCCGAGCUCCUCAAGGCGCCCGGAGACGUCGACAAGCUGGUCCGAUUGUGCGACGUGACGCCAAUCACCGAGACGCCCCCCUUGAUCACGUGCAACGGCAACGAACACGCGUACGGAAACAAAGUGGGAGGUAAAGUCAGGAGCCCCGUCGUCGCGGUCAAUGGCACGGCUAAGCACGAAGCGCCACGGGCCAAAUGUUUGUUGCCGUUGAACGGAGUCGCCGACGGGGGGCUCCUCGAUCAGUGCGCGUGCGACCACGAAAGCGCCCUGCGGGUGCUGGGCAGCGUGUUCCGGCUACUGCGGGAACGCCACUGCACCUGCAGACACCAGUACAGCUGCCUGGCCAAUUUUUUCAAGAUAGCUUUAAAGUUCGGCACCAUUGGAUGGGCAGCCGGCGUCGGCUUCAGCGUGCUCAAGGGAUACCGCAAGAUACGAAUACGACAGCUUCUCUCCGGACUGCUUCUAGGCCCGAUGGCGCUCCGGACGGGAUGCUUUCUUGGCGGACUGACGGGACUUUACAGCCUGAGCAGUUGCGUGCUUCGCUGGUUGAGCGGCGGCCAACGGGACUGGCACGGCCUGGUGGCCGGCACCGCGGGUGGACUGGCGUGCGCCGUCUGCCCCAGCUCGUACGUCUCCCUCUACCUGCUCUGGAAGCUCAUCGAGCUCGUCUACCUGAAGAGCGCGGAGCAACAUCUUGUUCCCAAGUUCGAAGGCGCCGCCGUGUGGCUCUACGCUGUGUGCACAAGCAUCAUGCUCUACGUCGCGGUCUUGGAGCCCCACAACUUGAGGCCGCAGUACCGCAAGUUCCUGGACGACAUAUCGGGAAGGCUGAUGUCCCAGAUCAACCGGUUCCCCCUGGAUAUGCUGGGCCUGCACUCCUCUCAGGCCUUCCCGAAUUAUUUCCCGCUCAACCUGGACCCCAGGCACAUCACCAGGCAGUACCUGCAGCACGUCCUGAUCUGGUCGUGAAGGCGCUUUGCGUGGCUUUGCGCCCGCCUGGCCCCGACCCCUUGCCUGGCUCAACGUUUAUGCACUCGUUCAGUCCUCGGAGAACAGAAAAGAUGAAAAUGAGAGGCCAAAAUCAAAUUACAGGGGAUGUUCCCCUUUUUCUGUCAGCGUUCGCAUUUGCUUUGUUAUGCACCGUUAGCCUCUAGUACGUUCAACAAAACGCUGCAACCGAGACUGUGUACCACACUCGGAGAGGUGCGCUUUCCAGGCUGAUGUACGAGGCGCUUGUUAAUAGUUCCUGUGAUAACUUCACGUUCACUUUGUCGCUCAUCCCACAUCGUGUUCUACAGUCAUUUGCAUAGUGAGUAUGUUCAAUAAAAUUUUACACAUUGAUA